AAAUGCAGCUGCUUCUCCAACCCAUCUGAAUCCUACUACUCCACUCUUCACUCCUUCACAUUUACACUUCAUCUUUUCCCCACUCAUGGCUCCACCUUCCAUACCAGGAGCUUCAAGCUUCACUCGCUCAGAGCAAUGGCUUCUAACGGUAGCAACAGCUCUGGUCUGUGGGUUCUUGUGUUAUGUAGUCUAUGAUGCAAUAAUGGCUACAGCAUCUGAGCUGCUGCAACGUUUGUUGGUAAUAUCCCCACUUCUCUUGGUGAUUGUGGUUCACUGGCUGUCCACUGGCAGCAGCCUCAGCAUCCCCAUGCCAGGGUCUGAGCCUGGUGCCAUCCACCGAGCUGGGGGCUCACCUUGGGGGGUUGCCUUUGUGCUGUUCCUUCUUUGCUUUCUCAUAUCCUACCAGCCUUCUCUGCAUAACCUUAUCUUUUGAGUGACGCAACUUAACUAAGUGAAGUUUUCUUCUCCUGUUGGUCAAACUUCAUCAGUAGUUUCUAAACUUGGAAGUCAUAUGUCAGGAGAGAAUCACCUUGAAUCUCUUUCUUGACUCCGCUCUUUUCUUUUAUAAAUUGUAAUGUUAACGGGAGAAGUUGAAUGUAUUGCUUCCUUUCAACUUAAUUUUACUUCCUUGCAGGCUGCAGCAUCUAUUUAUGCUAGUAUAAUAUUUCAGGGUGCGUUUUUCCUUUGAUCUUUGUUGGAACAAAGUAAGGGUAGGUACUAAUAUUUUAGGAUACCGCUGCUCCCAAGAUUUUCCAAGGAAAAUUGAGAACAUUAGAGCUUUGGUUUGUUGUUUGCUUUGUUUUUCCAUUUACUUGAAUUAAGAUAAUUACUCUAU